AUGUGGCCAAGAGCUCCACGCAUGGAGAUGAGAUCGAAGGAGCAGAGGUCGGCGGAUUGGGGCAAUCCUGAUUGGACCGCCUGUCUGUAUUCCAUUCAACUUCUAUACCACUUUGGAGAUGCUCGGCUCCUUUACUGUCAAGUUAGAGCCGCCAGUCUUCUUAAAUUUGCAUCUGGUCGACUUUUUGGCAGCAAUCAAAAAUGCGGAGACGCUGGAAAACCUGCAAAGAAGUUGAGCCUGAAGAACGUUGAUGUGGCAGGCAAACGUGUCUUCAUGAGGGUGGACUUUAAUGUUCCCAUGAAGGAUGGAAAAAUAACCAACAAUCAGCGCAUAGUCGCGGCUCUGCCCAGCAUCAAAUAUGCCCUGGACAACAAGUGCAAGUGUCUGGUAUUGGCUUCGCAUUUGGGUAGACCGGAUGGGAAAAAGAACAAAAAAUUCACACUCGAGCCGGUGGCCAAGGAGCUGCAGAAGGUGUUGGGAAGGCCGGUGUGCUUUCUCGAUGACUGCGUGGGGGAGAAUACCCUAGAUGCGGUGAAGAAUCCUCCUGAGGGUAGCGUCCUGCUGCUGGAGAAUCUUCGCUUUUACGCCGAGGAGACGGGCAGCAGCAAGGAUAAGAACAAAAAGAAGAUCAAGACUGAUCCCGAGAAGGUUAGGCAGUUUCGGACCAAGUUGGCGAAGCUGGGCGAGAUCUAUGUCAACGAUGCGUUCGGCACUGCUCACCGGGCUCACAGUUCUAUGAUGGGCGAGGGCUACAAAGUGCGAGCCGCCGGGUUUUUGAUGGACAAGGAGCUAGAAUAUUUUGCCAAGGCGCUUCAAGAACCAGUCAAGCCGUUCCUGGCCAUUCUGGGGGGCGCAAAGAUCGCCGACAAAAUCCCCCUGAUAACCAACCUACUGAAUAAUGUUUCUGUCAUGAUUGUGGCAGGUGGGAUGUCCUUUACAUUUCUCAAAGUCCUCAACUCCAUGGAGAUUGGCAAGUCGUUGUUCGACGAGAAAGGUGCCGCCAUGGUGCCCGAAAUAAUGGCAAAAGCGCAGGAGAAAAAGGUCAAUAUAAUCCUACCCGUGGACUUUGUGUGCGCCAACAAAAUCGAUAAGAACCCGGAGAGAGUCGAGUCCGUGGAUGCAAAACAGGGUAUUCCCAAGGAGAUGAUGGGUCUUGAUGUUGGCAAGAUAUCCAUUGAAAUAUUUGCCGGAGCCAUUUGCGCUUCGAAGACGAUUGUUUGGAACGGUCCACCGGGCCUAUUCGAGAAUGAACGCUUCGCCAAUGGCACCAGAGCCAUGUUGGAGGCGGUCAUCGGGGCCACGACACGGGGAGCCACCACCAUCGUCGGCGGCGGAGAUACGGCCACGGCCUGCAAGCAGUUCGGUGGGGCCGACAAAGUGUCGCACGUCUCCACGGGUGGUGGGGCUUCCCUCGAGCUGCUCGAGGGAAAGGUUCUUCCUGGCGUAGCAGCCCUCUCCGAUGCCUAAAAUGCAGGACAGAAGCUAUGACCAGUAACAACAGGCUCAAUCUAUUUUGACCUGCCUGUUCGGCAUUUGAUAUUAUUUUUUCCCGGCUGUACGUACUUUGUUUUUGCGAUCCCCCAGUUGCUUUUUCUUGCCAACGUAAUUUGUGUGGAUUUUCUGUAGAAUUGGUAUUCAAUUUCCAAUUAUUUUGUUAUUAAAUGUUAACUGU